UUAUUCAGCUCUGGAAAACAUUGCUGGAGGACGAGAGCAACAAUGUGGAUUCUCCAGAUUACAGCUCUUACGAUAUCUAUUGCUUUGCACACCCUGGCACAAGUACCCGAUCACAAUGACAAGUGUGCAGAGGGGAGCUGUUACCCUGCUACAGGUGAUUUGCUGAUAGGAAGAGCACAUCGGCUUGCAGCCUCCUCCACCUGUGGACUGGAUGGACCAGAUAGAUUCUGCAUUGUCAGCCAUUUGCAGGAUGAAACAGACUGUUUUGAAUGCGAUUCCCGGCGCAUGUACAAUGAGUUCACCAACCCCAACAGCCACACCAUUGAGAACGUGGUGACAACUUUCGCUCCCAACCGCCUCAAAACCUGGUGGCAGUCCGAGAACGGAGUUGAAAAUGUGACCAUUCAGCUGGAUUUGGAAGCCGAAUUCCACUUCACACACCUCAUCAUGACCUUUAAGACCUUUCGGCCGGCAGCCAUGCUGAUCGAGCGUUCCGCAGAUUAUGGGCGAAGCUGGCAGGUGUACCGUUACUAUGCUUUCCACUGUACUGAAUCCUAUCCGCACGUCCCUCAGGGGCCAAUCAGAAAAGUGGAUGAUGUAAUUUGUGACAGCCGCUAUUCAGGCAUUGAGCCUUCAACGGAAGGAGAGGUCAUUUUUAGGGCACUUGAUCCUGCAUUUAAGAUCCCUGACCCUUACAGCCCACGCAUUCAGAACUUGCUGAAGAUUACAAACUUGCGCAUACGGAUGGAAAAGUUGCACACUCUAGGUGAUGAUCUGUUUGAUGACCGAGAGGGGGUGAAAAAGAAAUACUAUUACACUCUCUAUGAUAUGGUCGUCCGUGGCAACUGUUUCUGCUAUGGCCACGCCUCCAAGUGUGCACCGGUCGGCAAUGAGGCAGGGGUCGAGGGCAUGGUUCAUGGUCAUUGCAUGUGCAAUCACCACACUACUGGACUGAACUGUGAAGAGUGUGAGGACUUUUACCAAGAUCUGCCCUGGAGACCAGCAGUGGGUCGAGAGACAAAUGCAUGCAAGAGAUGUGAGUGUAACCAUCACUCGUAUUCCUGUCAUUUUGACAUGGCGGUGUAUCUGUCAUCGGGAAAUAGGAGUGGAGGAGUGUGUGAUGACUGUCAGUACAACACAGAGGGCCAAUGGUGUGAGAACUGCAAACCCUUUUACUACAGGCACCCUGGCAGAAACAUCAGAGACCCCAGGAUCUGCGAGCCCUGUGAUUGUGACCCACGUGGUUCUCUGAACGGAGGCUUAUGUGACAGCGCUACAGAUGUUCUGAGAAAUAUGAUUGCCGGACAGUGUCAUUGCAAAGCUAAUGUGGAGGGACAACGUUGUGACCACUGUAAAAAGGGACAUUAUGGCCUCAGUGACGACCCAUUAGGCUGUCGGUCAUGCAGCUGUAAUUCUCUAGGCACACUCCCAGCAGGAAGUCCCUGUGAUAUACAGACAGGAAGCUGUUACUGCAAACGUCUUGUGACUGGACGAAAUUGUGACCAGUGCCUGCCGCAGCACUGGGGUCUCAAUAAUGAUAUGGAUGGCUGCAGACCAUGUGACUGUGACGUAGGUGGGGCUUUGAAUAAUAAUUGUUCUCGGGAGACAGGACAGUGUGCUUGUAAGAAGCAUAUGUUUGGUAGGCGAUGUGACCAAGUGCAUUCUGGGUACUACUUUGCGGCACUGGACCACUAUAUUUACGAAGCCGAGGAUGCUUCCUUUGGAGCGCGGCCCAGAGGCACUUACCCAGCAGCACCCUGCACUUCUACAUACAACGAUGAGCAGACCGUCUCACUGCACCCUGGAUCCAGAUAUGCAGUUCUGCCUGGCCCAGUGUGUUUGGAGAAGGGUCAGAAUUACACAGCGAAAAUUAGCUUCCCACAGUACUCAUCAUACAGCUAUCACUCUUCUCCUCACACACUUGUUGAUUCAAUAGUGCUUUUGCCAGAGGUGCAAGACCUGGAUCUAUUUUCUGGCGGACCCCAGCAGCGGGAGGACUGGGACAUGUUCCAGAAGUACAGAUGUAUGGAACGCAGCCAGAGUGUUAUUAAAAUCCCCCUAAUGGAUAUUUGCAGAGAUUACAUCUUCAGUGUGUCAGCACUACUACACAAUGGAGCUCUGGAGUGUAAGUGUGACCCCCAAGGUUCUCUGAGCACAGUGUGUGACAAUAUCGGUGGGCAGUGUCAGUGUCGACCCAACGUUUUAGGAAGGAACUGCGACACCUGUACCCCGGCCACCUACCUGUUUGGACCCUCGGGAUGUAGACCAUGUGACUGUAACCCACUGGGCUCUCAGAACCUAUUCUGCCACCCCACCACGGGCCAGUGUUUAUGCGUGUCAGGGGCAUAUGGGCAGCAAUGUGGCAACUGUAAGCCCAACCAUUGGGGCUUCCCUCAAUGCCAGCCCUGCUUCUGUAAUGGGAACAGUGAACAGUGCCACCCAGUUACGGGAGAGUGUCUGAACUGCAGGGGUCACACCACAGGCCACAACUGUGAGAGGUGUGAAAGUGGUUAUCACCGUAACACGCUGCUGGGCUCCAGUGAGCCGUGUCGCCCUUGUAUGUGUCCUGACGGACCUGGAAGUGGAAUGCAGUUCGCUGAAAGCUGUUACCAAAAUCCCAACUCUCUCCAAAUGGUGUGUGUCUGCAGCUCAGGCUACAAAGGACCAAAGUGUGAGGAAUGUGCCUCUGGUUACUAUGGUAACCCUCAGGUCCCAGUAGGGCGGUGCCAUCCGUGUCAGUGUAACAGAAAUAUUAACAUGCAGGACCCUGAAUCAUGUGACGCCCGCACUGGUGCCUGUCUCAAAUGCCUGUUUCACACCGAUGGCAAUGCGUGCCAGUACUGCAGUCGUGGUUAUUAUGGAGAUGCCCAUACUCAGAACUGCAGGAGAUGCAUGUGCCAUCUCGUGGGAAGUUCCAAGCAAAGAUGUGUUGACGGCUUGUGUGAGUGUGACAGGGUUAGCGGCCAGUGCCCAUGUCUACCCGGCGUGGUGGGUCAGCACUGUGACCGCUGUGCCCCCAACACAUGGAACAUCAACAGUGGCAAAGGAUGCCAACCUUGCCAGUGCCACCCCGAACAUUCUUACACAUCCUCCUGUGAUCUGCUGACCGGUCAGUGUUCCUGUAAGCCUGGGUUUGGAGGCAGGACGUGUGAGGAGUGCAGGGAACUGUUCUGGGGGAAUCCUGAGGUCCAGUGCCAUGACCAGGCCAAUGAGACAGCAUCACUCCUGAGAAAGUCUAUGGACCGAUCUGUAACAGAUCUGGAGAAGGUAUCUGCUGACCAUCAGCAGGCCGUGGAGAACCUAAAAAGCCUGACGGAGGAGGCCCAAAACCUACAAGAGAUCUCCUCUGACAAACAGCAGCAGGUUCUGAAUAUUAAACAUUCAGACCCCAGAGGUGCGGCGGACAGCGUCAAAGAGUAUUACAGGGAAUCUGGCGAGGCCGAGUUUCGUGUCAAUCAAGCUGUCUCUGACCCAGAAAGUACAGUUAAAGAGUCUGCCCAGAUACGGAAAGCUGCAGAGGCCAAAUUAGACAGCACAGAGAAAGAAUUUAACCUGAAACAUCAGCUGCAUUUACAAAGGCUGGACAAAAUUGGAUCUGAACUGGACUCCGCAGACCUUUCACGACUAAGCCAUCAGGUGUGUGGAGGGGCGUCAGGUCUAGAUGGUUGCGGUAACUGUGGUGGUCUGGGAUGUGUGAGCGAGGAUGGCACGUCCCAGUGUGGUGGGGGAGGAUGUGAGACCAUUAUGACACGAUCCCAAAAGGCCUUGAACGAAGCCAAAAACUCAGACCAAGAGGUCCUGCAUGCUUUAAGAGAAGUAAACGAGCUAAACAAGAUGGUGUCAGAUGCUCGAGGACGUGCGGAUGAGGCCAAGCUCAAUGCUCAGGAUGUGUUACUGAGAGCCAAUCAGAGCAAAGCACGAGUGGAGCAGACCAAUGAGGAGCUCAGAGACCUCAUUCAGCAAAUACGAGACUUCCUCACAAACGAAACUGAUCCGAAGCGUAUAGAGGAAGUAGCUGAUGAGGUGAUGAAACUGAGUUUGCCAGUGUCGCCCGGUGCACUAAAGAACGUGACCACAGAGAUCCACCAACAUGUGGUCAGACUGACCCAUGUGGAGGAUAUUCUGACCCAGACGGCAGAGAAUGCGCAUACUGCAGAAAGACUCCUGCAAGAAGCACAGGCUGCCAAUGAGACAGCUACAGCACUGAAACAGGCCACUGAUGAGGCGAAGGAAACUCUAGAGGACACUGAGCGCGCUCAGACUGCUGCCGGCGGAAAACUGAAAGAGGCUGAGAGAGACGUGAACCAAACAAAACAACAAAUCACUGAUGUACAAUCAAAAACCGAAGCGACUGAGUUCAAACUAAGUAGCAGCACAGGAAGGUUUCUGGAUCUUGAGAGAGAGGUUGACAAAAUCCAACGGAAAACUCUAGAAACAUCCAGCAGUGCAGAUGAAGCUCAGAGACAAACUGAGUACAUCACAACAGAAAUUGGCCACACAGAACGGGAGAUUGACUCACUCGUGGAACCUAAGUACCAACUGGCCAGUGGUCUGAUAGAUCAAAAGGCAGCAGGUGUGGUUGAUGCACGUCAGAAGGCCGAGAAACUACGUCAGGAGGCAAAAUAUCUAUUAAUAGAUGCCACAAGCAAACUGCAGAGACUGAGAGAGCUGGAGAGAUCAUUUGAGGAAAAUCAGCACAUUCUGGUGGAGAAAGCUCAGGAGCUGGAUGGACUGGAGAAGGAGGCCAGAGAUGUACUGCAAGAACUCAGUCAGAAAAUCACCAUCUACAGCACCUGCGCUUAACUACCAAGAACUAAUAAAUAAAAUAAUACGCUCAGAUUAUAAUCAGUUGUAUAUUAUCAAAAACAUGUUGCCUGAAUCCAAUUCAAGGUAUCACAUUGAAAAAGCAAUGCAAGAUUUUACUAUGACCCUUCAAUGUAUAGCUAUAUAUUUUUGUCUUUUCUAUGAAACUAUGAAAAAACUCAUCCAGUGUAUUGUGUCCGAUAUGAAGAAUAUUGCAGUGUGCAAUUACCGCAAUAAUACUCGACAAACAUUCCUCUGGGCGGAAUAAGAGGAAGCCCCAUCCAUUGUGAACAGCAAAUCAGUUUGGCUUUGCUUGAUAAAACUGAUGGUGACAAAUGAAAUGCCAAAAUAAAAAUUUGAUAAAAACUGUGGAAACAGCAAAAUGAUGAAAACAACUAUUGUACGAUGUUUAUUAAACAUUUAAACGCAUUAACUGAUAAUACAAUAAUCAUUUAAUAAUAAUAAAG